AUGGUUGCCCUUAGUAUGAAGAUGUAAUCCAGAGACAGGUGUUUUCUCCAUCUCCUUAGCAAGCAUACUUGAAUUCCACUUAUUUCAAAACUACACACUAUAAAAAAUAAAUAAAAGUGGCGUUAGACAGGAUAACCUAGACAUACUGACCAGCUCAAAUAGACAGAAGCGUGCUAUAUGGCAGACCAAUCCAAACUCAUCUCUCGGCAUGUCCAGCCCACUCAUUAUCUCAGCCAAUAGUGGCUAGCGGGAAGGUUGCUGUCUUUUUCUUUGGCUAAACCAACUAGGCUCGUAAUUUAACUAUUGUAUUCGUAUUUACAGAUGGCAUACAAGUUUGUUAUUAAGGCACAUGAAAGUUCACAUGUUCGAGAAGGCAUUUCUGCCAAAAAACGCAUUUUGAUGAAAAAAAAGAAGUUUUCGUUCAAAUGGCUCUCACAAACGACCCGCGACAUAAGCCUAGUUUCCUGAAACGGGUCACAAAUAUUAGAGCCAGCUCAGUUUGAUUUGGGUUUGCUCUAUAGUGUGAAUCAGGCAUUUGUAUUGCAGAUGCUCUCUCUAUGGCCCAAUCAUGUCUUCUCUAACCCUGUUUGUUUCUGCCCUGGUUGGCAUUGUAUGAUCUCACUCUGCUCACCUUAGUUUGGCCUGGUUUGGCCUCUCCAUACACAGUGUCAGAUUGUUGCAGAGGGCAGAGAGAUAGAAAACUGAAAGAGAGAGAGAAACUGAUGAUUCCCCCAGCCCAUCGCUCUUGUCAGAGUAGAAGGACUGAGGAGUGGAGGAGAGAGGGAGGAGGGGAACUGUUAAUGUGCACUGUAUAAUUCAUAACGGUAAUACUGGCAUCACUUAGUGCUAAAUAGCAUCAUUUGUCAGGGAAAAGGGCUGGGUGCCACACUGUUACAGAUUACCACCAGCAGGCUGCCUUCAACGCACCACACACUUGCAAACGCAUACACAUGUGUGCACGUCACACACAAGAAUGCGCAAACACAUGCGCAUGCAUGCAGAAAGUGUGCGUGCACACACACACACACGUACACACAACCAGCGGUAACACUUUACUUGACACCCAGCGUCAUAACUGCUGACAUAACUUGUCAUAACCCUUCAUAAUAUGGUCAUAACAUUGUCAUGACACAUAUUGCGUUAUUUUAUGGCUGGUUAUGAAACCUACAUAAGAGUGUCAAAACCUACAAAGCCUACCAUGGUGGUUAUUUUAUGGCUGGUUAUGACACCUACAUAAGCGUGUCAAAACCCACAAAACCUACCACACAUGGCAAACCAUUCCAUUACACCAUAGCCUACUUGUCAACAGUAUGUUUAUGUUAUAUAACAUUUUCUGAAAUGGACCAUAUUAAAUUAUCAUUGUAAUUGCACACACAUUGAUGUCAGACAUGCACCUACCCCAGUGCUCUGUUUCUGAUGACUGAGAUGAAUGCAGGAGCAGAUUUCAGGAGCGGGACAAGACACCCUCUUUUUGACUGAUGACUGAUAUCAGGGCAUGUACUUGAUAGGCCUAUCUGGCUUAUAUGAUUAUGAUGAUCAUAAUCCUUCUUGACAGUGUCAUAAAGUGUAUUUUCUUAGUCCAAGUAAACUGACACAGUAUGGUCAUAAUGCUUUAUGACGGUGUCAUAAAGUUUAUUUUCUACAAGUUUUAAAAAAUAUGAUGGGGAAAAAAACAUGACUGUAAAGAAUUCAUUACAACAACAACAAAGAACUUAAGAAGCACACUUUUAAACGAAAGGAAACUUCUUGGCAGGGAAAAAACACAUUUGAAUAAAUGUGGGUUUUGACACUCUUAUGUAGGUGUCAAAACCAGCCAUAAAAUGACACAAUAUAUGUCACAACAGGAGUGAAUAUAUGGGUCAUGACAGUGUUAUGACCUUCUAAUGACAGGACACUGGGUGUCAAGUGUUAUGACACUGGGUGUCAAGUAAAGUGUUACGCAACCAGCAAACACACACACCACUCAAGAGUUAUACAUGCACAUACAUUCUCAAAUCAAUGCAUACAUCCUUUAGCCUACACAAGCACACAUGAGACAUCCCACUCAUACACCCUGUCACUUCUACUCGCAGCAAAGAACCCUCUACACUUAAUGUUCUACACUCAAUCACACUCUCUUUCCCUAAUCUUCCACAUUACUGUGGCUCGUAGAGACAGGAUCCUGGUAUGAAAGUACCAUUUGUUACACUCAUAACUGCAUCCAAAAUGGCACCCUCUUCUCUAUAUAGUGCACUACUUUUGACCAGAGCCCUGGUCAAAAGUAUUGCGCUAUAUAGUGAAUAGGGUGUCAUUUGGGACUCAACCAUGUCUUUACACAUGCAGUGGACAUUUCAUUUUCAAUGGAGGAGAGCGAGUGAGAUGGAGGGAGAGAGAGCGCGGAAUAGGGUGACUUACACAGUUAUUAUUGAUGAGCGUGAGCUAAAAUGCUUAAUUUGCACCGUCUUCAACCAAAUUCAUAUUGAAAGCAGCAGAAUGUGCAUGAAACUCAUUAGACACAAUGAGAAGGGUUCAUAAAUUGUAAUAUUAAUUAGUCAUUUUUGCCUCCCUUUCAUGGUGAAAAUGGGUUGUAUUAAUAAAAAGAGAGGGGUGUGUGAUUGUGCCGGGGCCUGGAAGUGACAGCCUUGAUUUAGUUUGGCUUUACCUCUACAGUACUGUCUCUAAUGGAGAGAGAGAGAGAGGGAGGGAGGAAGGGGAUGGAGAGGAUACUACAUGUUAGUGUGCCUGUGCUUGUGUGUGUGUGCCUACAUUACAUACAAACUAUGAAAUAACACAUAUGGAAUCAUGUAUUAAACAAAAAAGGACACACUUGUUUGUUUACUACAUGAUUCCAUAUGUGUUAUUUCAAAACCCUCGAAUGAGUAGGUGUGUCCAAACUUUACUGGUAAUGUGUGUGUGUGUGUGUGUGUGUGUGUGUGUGUGUGUGUUUGCCUGCCUGUGUGUGAAUGUGUGUUAUUGUGUGUGUGUGUGUGUGGGUGUGUGUGUGUGUGUGUGUGUGUGUGUGUGUGUGUGUGUGUGUGUGUGUGUGUGUGUGUGUGUGUGUGUGUGUGUGUAUGCCAUGCUGGUGAAUACACUACUCAGCAACACUUUAACCUCUAAAUGGCCUUUCAUGUUCUCCGUGUGGGUGACUUAAUGGCCCCCUCAGUAGCUCCCUAUCUCCCCUUCAGUUUAACUAUACCAUAAUGAGCCUCUAACCCCCAUCCGCCAUUUUCAUGAACAAUUAUGGCAUAAGAAGGAAUAAUACAGCUUGCUGCCUUUUUUUGUUUCUUGAUAUAGUAACGUUGCAUCCGAAAUGGAACCCUUUUCCCUAUUUAGUGCAGCCGGCGAAAAAAGUAGUGCACUAAAUGGAGAAUAGAGAGCCAAAUGGGGAAUAGGGUGCCAUUUUGACCAAAGCAAUGCACUAAAUAGAGAAUAGGGUGCCAUUUUGGACACAACCAAUGUAUCCUGUGAUUGACCUAUUACCCCUGUCUUCUCCUAUGCAUGUCAGGCACGUCAGUGACCCAACUGCAGGCUGUGGACCCAGACCAGGAGCCCCUCAUUUUCGGGGUGGUGGGAGAGGAGGCCAUGAGGUACUUUGCGGUGGAGAGAGACACAGGAGUAGUUUGGCUACGACAGCCCCUGGACCGCGAGGUUAGAAGACACACACACAGGCACACACACACUGCCUCACACACACACACACACACACACACACACACACACACACACACACACACAAAUACACACACACAACCACAUACUCGUGCAUGCAUGCACACACUCACCCACACACACAAACACACACACCCUGUCUCCCUUCCCUCCCCACACUCCCUCCCUCCUUCCCAUAAGAAGGGUUUGCUGACAUCUCUCUCCAUCUCUUCCAGACCAAGUCGGAGAUGCAGGUGGAGUUCUCUGUGAGUGACAGCCAAGGGGUAAGAGUCAAACAUGCAGUCCGAUCAACGAUGUUACACAUCCUGGAUGUCAAGCAGCUCACACACUGUAGAUACAACUCUUUCUGACCAACUGUUAUUCACUCUGACACCUGUCUCACACGUAGCAUACAAAUGCUAAAACACACUGACAUUUCAACCUACACAACCCUAUGGGUAAUGGUUAAGACAUUAAAUUCAUACACUCCUUCUAUCCAUAGAGUGUGUGUAAUGUUUUGUGGGGGAGUUGAUUGAUUGUGUGUGUGUGUGUGUGUGUGUGUAUGUUACUCACUCUCACCCCUGUCUAACAUGUACUGUUCUGAUGCACUAAAACACACUGACAUUUCAACCUACACAUUCCUAUGGGUUAAGACACCACCCUCAUUCAGUACAUAUAGUAAGUUUACUGUGUCUGUGUUUCUCUCUGUCUGUGUGUUUGUGUAUUAAACAUUAGGACCUCUUGUGCUUUCGCAGGUGGUCAAAGACACAGUGAAUAUUCAGAUAGGAGAUGUGAAUGACAACUCCCCUACUUUCCAUGGCCAGCCGUACACAGUACACAUUGCGGAG